GUUAUUUCUAAAGAUAACAAAGGUCAAAAGGCAUCCAGCAUUUUCUGGUUUCUCAUAAGCUUCUGGUCAAUAUUUAAUCUGGUUUAUGGAUUUUUUUUAGGUCUUCUAGAUGCCUUCUUGAGCCUGCUUGUGGCCACCCACAGACACUUGUAAGGAGGAGAGAAAUCAGCUUGGGAGAGGCACUCUGAAAUGAGGGAUUAGAGGCCAGGAUCCAAGGAGCAAGCACUGCAGCCUGAAGGCAAGGGAGCAGGCCCCGACGACGCCCCCACUGCCGAGAGGUCCGCAAUGGCCUCCCUUGGCCUCCAACUCGUAGGCUACGUCCUGGGCCUCCUGGGGUUGUUGGGCACCCUGGUGGCCAUGCUACUUCCCAGCUGGCGAACAAGCUCCUACGUCGGUACGAGCAUCGUGACAGCCGUCGGAUUCUCCAAGGGCCUCUGGAUGGAGUGUGCCACGCACAGCACAGGCAUCACACAGUGCGACAUCUACAGCACCCUCCUAGGCCUGCCCGCUGACAUCCAGGCUGCCCAGGCCAUGAUGGUGACAUCCAGUGCGCUCUCUUCUUUGGCCUGCAUAGUCUCUGUGGUGGGCAUGAGAUGCACAGUCUUCUGCCAGGACUCCCGAGCCAAGGACAGGUUGGCUGUGGUGGGCGGAGUCUUCUUCAUCCUCGGAGGCCUCCUGGGCUUCAUUCCUGUUGCCUGGAAUCUUCAUGGGAUCCUGCGGGACUUCUACUCCCCACUGGUACCUGACAGCAUGAAAUUUGAGAUCGGAGAGGCUCUUUACCUGGGCAUUAUUUCCUCCCUCUUCUCCCUGGUAGCUGGAAUCAUCCUCUGCUUUUCCUGCCCAUUCCAGGGAAAUCGCUCCAACUACUAUGAUUCCUACCAGGCCCAGCCCCUCGCAACUAGGAGCUCCCCAAGGGCCAGCCAACUGCCCAAAGUCAAGAGUGAGUUUAACUCCUACAGCCUGACAGGGUAUGUGUGAAGAACCAGGGGCCAGAGCUGGGGGCGGGUGGCUGGGUCUGUGAAAACCAGCGGACAGUGCCCCCCCCCACCCAGGGCCGCAGGUGAGGGACACUGGCACUGGGACAUGUCAGAAGGUGCUGAGGAUAGACUGACUUUGGCCGCUGGAUAAAGCGAAGGCAGAAACGGGAACUGGUGUGACA